CAGGGAUAUAAACACAUUUGUGCACAUCAUUUUUCAGAAAUAAGCUUUUUAUGUGGGUAUGGAACAUUUCAUGGAUAUUUUAUUUCAGCUCAUGAAACAUGAGACCAGCACUUUAAAUAUUGCAUGUAUUUUUUUGUUCGGUGUAUUAAUUCAGAAUGUGUUCUGAUCUCAUUCCGUUGUCAGCGUUUUGCUUUGUGGGGCCGAGGUUUUCGGGGUUAAUCUUUAAUUUUGUGUUAGGUUAGGCAUCUUUUCAAACCGUGAUAAUGCGCUGUCUGAUACAGUUUUAAUUUCGUCAUUUGUUAUCAAGUGUCUGAAUAGAUCAAUGCUUUCUGACCCGCCACAAUUCCUUUUUAAAUGCCCGUUUGUCUGCUAUUUCGUAGACCUAUAAUUUAUUGUUUAAGGGCAUGGAGACAACAAUAUUCUCCCCUUCACGUACUUUGUAUUUUUAUUUUAUAUUUAUUGCUCGGUUGCGAGAGGAGCAUUGUAUGGGUUAAUUUAGCGUAACGUCCCUCGGCUACUGUGGCAAGUACUGCGCACAUUUGAGUUGUUGUGGUGUUCGCUCCCGCGGAGGCAAUGCCCUUUUGUGGAGAGGUCUUAUCACAGCCGACAGACAGCACUCUCAAUCAGGACGCAAAGACACAAAGAGAAGAAUUGCAUUUAAAAAAAGGACCAUUCUUUCCCAUACUGCCAAGGAGGGGUGUUCACUGUGGGUGUUUGAGAAGCCCUUUGUUGCUUGAAAAAAAAAAAAAAAAGGUAGCCAAGAAUAUACACUGUGGACUAGCUGUAUGUUUUAUGAACAGGGUUACUGUAUGCUGUUAGGGCUCUCGCACACGUCUCUUCUUGCGUUCGGAGAAGUCAGUGUAUUGUGGACUUUGGAAGUUUUAACACAGCGAAACUGGUCUGGAUAUACUUCAGAAGACGAAAAGGUUACAGUGUAUGCUAUUUUGCGCAUUGUUUUUGGAGACUUGUGCGUAACGCGCCACCUGUACUUUAUCUACCAGCAAAUUAUCGAAACGGAUCUACAGUACUGUCUCUUCAUGUUUGUUUUCAUCUGCUACCAUGAGCGUUCUUGGCAUUUUUUCAUGGGGAAUUUGAGUUCUCAGCUCCCAUAAACGCUUUUAUUUUGCAACAAAUUAAGUUUAAUUUGAGGGUUGGAAGUGAAUAUUUUCAAGCAUAUGCUACCUCAAUUUGUGGAUACUACUUCGUGGGAUGCCAAUGGACAGAUACGCAGACAUGGAGGACAAACUGCGCAUUUUGGAGGACCUGAACAUGAUGUACAUCCGACAGAUCGCCCUCAGUUUACAGGACAGUGACAUCCAGAAGAAGAUAGACCAUGAGAUCCGAAUGCGUGACGGGGCCUGUAAGCUGCUGGCUGCGUGCUCCCAGAGAGACCAGGCCCUGGAGGCAGCCAAGAGCCUGCUCACCUGCAACACCCGCAUCAUGGCCUACAUGUCAGAGCUGCAGAGGAUGAAGGAGGCCCAGGUCAUGCAGAGGGUCGCACGAAGGUCAGAUGGCACAAGGUCAUCAGAUGCAGGGCCCAUGGACGACAGACUACCCUGUAAGGGUAAGGUGGCCAUCUCAGACCUGCGGAUCCCACUCAUGUGGAAAGACACCGAGUACUUCAAGAACAAAGGAGAGCUGCAUCGGUGUGCAGUGUUCUGUCUGCUUCAGGUGGGAGGGGAGAUCCACGACACAGACAUGGUGAUGGUGGACCGGACACUCACCGACAUCUGCUUUGACAACACCAUCGUCUUCAGCGAGGCCAGCCCGGGCUUUGAGCUGCGAGUGGAGCUAUACAGCUGCUGUUCGGAGGAGGACUACUCGGCCGGGAGCGCGCCCAGGAAACUAGCCAGCAAACUGAGCAGCUCUCUGGGCCGCUCGGCAGGAAAAAAGCUCCGUGUUGCCAUGGACCCUGGAGCCUGCAGCCCCACCAGCAAUGCAGGGGCAGCCACACUGCUGCUACCUGGACCCGCAGUGGCGGGACCUAAGUACCACCUCCUGGCCCACACAUCCCUGUCACUGUCACAUGUCCAGGACAGCUUCCGCACUCACGACCUCAGCAUCUCAGGCAACGAGGAGUGUUCGUACUGGGUGCCUCUCUACGGCAGUGUGUGUUGUCGCCUGGCUGCCCAGCCUCACUGUAUGACCCAGCAGAUGAUGAGUGGCUGCUUGAAGGUCAAGCAGUUGGGAGGUGACCCUCAGAGUUGGACGAAUGUCUACGGCGUCCUUAAAGGGACAAACCUUUUCUGUUACCACCGGCAAGAGGAUAUGGAGGCUAACGUCGAGCCAGCAUUUACCAUCGCCAUCAACAAAGAGACGAGAAUACGUGCGUCAGAGAAAGACCCCCACAGUAAGGCCCAGAGCAUCUGCAUCAGUAACCAGUACGGGGGAGAGGAGGUGACACACACACUCUCGGCAGACAGUCGCGAAGAGACACACCGCUGGAUGGAAGCCUUCUGGCAACAGUUCUGUGACAUGAGCCAAUGGAAGCAGUGCUGUGACGACUUGAUGAAGAUUGAGCUGCCAUCACCCCGGAAACCAGCCCUUGUCACGUCGAAACAGGGUUCUCUUUACCACGAAAUUGUUAUUGACACCUCUGAUGACAUCAGCACUGUGACGGACAUCCUGACGCAGCGGAUGCAGGAGCUGGAGCUGAGGAGCCAGCUGGGGACCUCUCCUCCCUGGAUGUCCCUGUUCGAGGAGUCUCCUGGUGGCCCCCCCACCCCUCGGCUGGCCCGCCACAUCCCCCGCUCCCCCCACCGCCUACCCCACAGCCCACUGAGCUCCCUGCGCUGCCCCUGGCCAGGCCUGCUCUCCUCAGAUGCCAGCCUGACCUCUGACAGCGACAGCCCCUGCAGCACCAGCCCCUGCUCCCGCCUCCGAGGCUGGGCCGAGCCCCUCUCCCUCUCCUCCCCCCGCUUCCGCCCCCGCACCCUCUCCCUGGAUGCCAAGCUUAGCACUCUCAGGGGCAGGGGGUAUGGGGGGGUGUUACAGUGCUCCUGUCAGCCCCCUUCCUCCUCCUCCCUUGCCCCCAUCCCGGCGGAAUGCGUCCCCCAGGCCACCUUGUCCUGCUCCAGCUCCACCUCCAGUAACAGCUCCAGCGAGGGAAGCCACAGCCCCUCCUCAUUGGACGGUACCCCUUUCUCACGCCCCUCCUCGGCCCGCCGGAGCCUCAGGAACUUGAGAGCUAAACUGGACCCCCGAAAUUGGCUCCAGAGCCAGGUAUAACCCACCUCAGACCCCCACUCAUCUAAACCGUCUCCAAUAGGCAGCCCACCUGCAAUAGGCAACCCACCUCAGACCCUCACUUUAAACCACUGAGCCAGGGAUAAGCCACCUCAGACCCCCACAUCACCCAAAGUCCUGGUAAGAACUGGCGGGAAGGAAGCCAGUCCCUCAGUUGAAAGAGCCCUGGUAUUAACUGGAAUUACUUUAGACUAAGGACAGGAAACAUUCUGCGUCAGUAUCAAUGGUCCACAGAACAUGGGAGUAUUCUGCUUCCCUUUCAAAUGGUAAUGCUGAUUAGGAAAUUGAAGAGAGAAAGUUUUUUUGUUGAUGAUAUAAACGCAAUAUCUCUAGGCUCUGCGCAUCUGAAAUCUCCAACUGGAAAGGGCAGCAUCUGUCAGUCAAAGACGAGAGUUUCCUCGUCAGUCAUCCAAGCCAUACACCCCUCAAUAUGAACAUGAUUUCAUAGCAUCUUGUUAGUUCAGCUGCGGUAUUUACUUACUAUAUGUGCUGUAUUUGUGUUUGCAGUGUUUGGGCAGGGCAGUGAGCGUGUGGCCAAGUGAACUGUCAGUGUAUGGGAAUGUUUAGUGUCUGUGUGGUCAUGGGGUUGUUGUUACCUGUACCAAAAAGGCUCACUGUGAUCUAUCCAAAUGACUAGACCCAUCACUUGUAUUAUGAAUUCAUGCCUGGAAGGAACAAGUAUAUUUAUGUACCGAUUUGCUUAUUGCAUGUUUGUGUUCAAAGACGCAAAGAAUGCGUUGCCGGAGAUCUUAACUGCUCAGACGGUGAAUGAAUUGAAAGCUCAACUUAAUGCAACAGUUCUCCCAAUAAUUUACUGUACUACUUGUUCCUACUGUGAUAACAUCAGGGUCACAUCGAGCUUCUGCAAGGUUCCUAGAACCUCCCCUGCAUUCAUUAACACAUUGUAGGUCUACUAUACAAGAACCAAUAUUUAAGAUUUAUGUUAAUCACUUAUGGAGUAAAUUAUAAUGAAUUGAAGUAAGCCAAAGGUAACGUACUACAUAAUCACGAGAACCCAUCUUAACUUGUUACACUGCCUCGUUGCAGUAUUGCGUGCAAAUGUACUGACUUUGAAAUCUGGGCCGGCCCCUACAAAAUCCCCUAGAGUUAAGUUGAAGGCCUAGAUGGUUUUUGGAAUGGAGAGGCAAACGCUUUGGGUGUCCUUGUUAAUCUUUAAUACGCCCCUACUAGCAGGCAAGGAUUUCCUCACAAACGAUACUCUGUUGACGAAACCAAUACUUUGCAUGGAGAACAGUGUUGCUAGGGGGUUUAAAUCCCAUGCUACAGCUCGUCUCAGUUCAAGGGUAUUUUAAUGUCAUCCAAUUCAGUUAGGUUGGCAAAUGUUAUGUAUUUGAGAAUGUAGAAACUGGGAAUGCACAUACAUGGGUGAAGAGUUUAGAUAUCCCACCUUUGACCUUGUGGAUUUAUAGCAUAGUUUGUGGUACAGUCGUAACCUUAUGGCCUGAAAACCGGUCCCAGAAUUUACACACACACACACACACACACACACACACACACAGUACCAGUCCAAAGUUUGGACGUCUACUCGUCUACUCAUUCUAGGGUUUUUAUUUAUUUGUACUA